AGGAAAUCUCUGACCUCAGCGGUGGCUCUUGGUGCUGGCCAGAAGCCAACUUCAUGUCUGAGUGUACGAGUAGCAGUUUGCCAUGGAGAGCUUGGGGCUGCAAACGGUGACCCUCAGUGAUGGGACGACAGCCUAUGUCCAGCAAGCUGUCAAAGGAGAGAAGCUGCUUGAAGGGCAAGUGAUCCAGCUCGAGGACGGGACCACCGCAUACAUUCACCAAGUGAUGGUGCAGAAAGAGCCUCUCUCCUUUGAGGAUGGACAGCCUAUACAGCUGGAAGAUGGCAGCAUGGCCUACAUACACCGCACACCCAAAGAGGGCUAUGACCCCAGUGCCCUGGAAGCCGUCCAGCUGGAAGACGGUUCCACCGCCUACAUUCACCACCCCGUGGCUGUGCCGCCAGACAGCGCCAUCCUGGCCGUGCAGACAGAGGUGGGCUUGGAGGACCUGGCUGCGGAGGAUGACGAGGGCUUCAGCGCAGACACGGUGGUGGCCCUGGAGCAGUAUGCCAGCAAGGUCCUGCAUGACAGCCAGGCUCCCCAUAACGGCAAAGGACAGCAGGUUGGGGACAGGGCAUUCCGCUGUGGCUACAAAGGCUGUGGGCGUCUCUACACCACUGCUCAUCAUUUAAAGGUGCAUGAAAGAGCUCAUACGGGUGACCGUCCGUACAGGUGUGAUUUCCCCAGCUGCGGAAAGGCCUUUGCUACAGGAUACGGGCUGAAGAGCCAUGUGCGCACCCACACCGGUGAAAAGCCAUAUAAGUGCCCAGAGGAGCUGUGCAGCAAGGCCUUCAAGACCUCAGGAGACCUGCAGAAGCACGUCCGGACCCACACCGGUGAACGCCCGUUCCGGUGCCCCUUCGAGGGCUGCGGCCGCUCCUUCACCACAUCUAAUAUCCGCAAGGUACACGUGCGCACCCACACAGGCGAGCGGCCCUACACCUGCCCCGAGCCCCAUUGUGGCCGCGGCUUCACCAGCGCCACCAACUACAAGAAUCACGUGCGCAUCCACACAGGGGAGAAGCCAUACGUUUGCACGGUCCCAGGCUGCGGGAAGCGCUUCACCGAGUACUCGAGCCUGUACAAGCACCACGUGGUGCACACGCACUGCAAGCCGUACACCUGCAGCGCAUGCGGCAAGACCUACCGGCAGACCUCCACUCUGGCCAUGCACAAGCGCAGCGCCCACGGCGAGCUGGAGGCCACGGAGGAGAGCGAGCAGGCCCUGUACGAGCAGCAGCAGCUCGACGCUGCCUGCGCCACCGGGGAGAGCCCGCCGCCCAAACGCCCCCGUGUUGCCUACCUCUCCGAGGUGAAGGAAGAGGGCGAUGACAUCCCAGCCCAAGUGACCAUGGUGACCGAGGAGGACGGGGCGCCCCGUGUGGCUCUGAUCACUCAGGACGGCGCCCAGCAGGUUAGCCUGUCCGCGGAAGACCUGCAGGCCCUGGGGAGUGCUAUCAGCAUGGUGACCCAGCACAGCAGCACCACCCUCACCAUACCCAGUGAGGACGAUGACCUGGCCACAUCUGGCACACAUACGGUCACCAUGGUCAGCGCUGAUGGCACCCAGACGCAGCCCGUUACAAUCAUUACCUCUGGGGCUGUGGUGGCCGACGACUCAAGUGUAGCAUCCCUUCAUCACCAACAGGUGGCACUGUUAGCCACAGCCAACGGAACACACAUUGCCGUGCAGCUGGAGGAACAGCAGACCUUAGAGGAGGCCAUCAGCGUGGCCACCGCUGCCAUGCAGCAAGGGGCUGUGACCCUGGAGGCCACAGAGGCAGAGAAUGGCUGCUGAGUCCCAGGGGGCUGGAUUCCACACCACAUUGGAGGAGGUGCCAUGCCACACAGGCGUCCCUGCCUCCAAGGGCCGGGGCUGUGGCUGACACUUGGCAGGUGGCCACAGAGGUCUCCAGGGAGAGACGGUGGCAGGAAAACAGCCUAACUGAAGGGGACGACGGGGGCCCUGCCCCAGAGGAGGGCUGCACAGCUGGACUCGGAGGAGUGUGCCAUCCUCAGGAGCUAAAGAGGACAAGCUGAUCACCAGGCUGUACUGGGGCGUCCCCUCCUCAGAAUCAGCUGGGUGCCCACUCUCCUCCCUCCAGAGAACACGCUUCCUACCUUCAGUCCACUCCCCCUCUCAGAUGGCGAUUGGGACUGCUGUGGGAGGACUGGUCCUCUGUUCUGACUGGUCACUGCCCACCAGUGGAAGGGGCCGACCGCUCUUCAGCCCAGUAGGAGCAGGGCAGAUCCAGCCCUGCUCCUCCCAGCAAUAACCACCUCCCUGGAAGCCUGCCAUGGUGCCUGGCCACUUGGCAGCAGGGUUUCCUGCCACCAUGGUCAGAACCGCUCAGGGGCCUGUGGCUGGAGAAAAGGUGCCCAGCCCCACCCACCCCCAGCCUCCCCCUCUCCUCUCUGUGGCAGAGAAGCAGUGAGUGGCCUUGUACAUACUGGGGACUGGGUUUAAUUUGUUUUUGUUUGUUUUUUUAAAUUCCAUUUUGAUAAUUUUUUUUCUUGCUCUGGUUGGUGGUGGCAAAUGGGUGAAUGAGUAUUUAAUAAAAGUUCCAAGUUUCC